CACUAACUGUAUCACGUCUGCUGACUGAGGUAUUCCUACAGGCACAGGCUGGGCCAGCGAGGAAUUACAGAGGCAGUUUGUGUGUGUGUGUGUCUGUGUGUCUCUGCAUGAAUUCACUCUUCAGCACCGUUUUCCUCUCUGGAUCCUUUUUUCAACUCUUCCCGGGAUUUGCGCGUUGGACUAAGAUCAUGGAUCAUGGAGAAGCAGGGGACGCGCGAGGAAACUGGGUCACUGGCAGCCUCUCCUGACUGAUGCCAGUUUGGACCCGGCGGAAUGGGGUGCACCACCAGCACGGUGGUGUUUGACGGGCUGCGCACCGUCCUGGAGCGGAACUGUAGCGGCUACAUCUGUAAGGGAGCAGCCGAGCCCAUUGGGCCGUCUGAAGCCGAGCGGGCGCUGAGUCGGAGAGAGUCGCGUGUGCUGCCAACGCCGAGGGUCCUUAAGGUGAAGCCCAAGGUGAUCGAGCCGCUGGACUAUGAGAACGUGCUGGUGCAGAGGAAGACGCAGAUCCUCAGCGACGUCCUCCGGGACAUGCUGCAGUUCCCACUCGAGGACUUUGAGAUUUCAACUCUCAAGCGCCAAGGCAGGACGCUCGUCUCCACCGUGCCUGAAAAUGCAGAGCGGGAGGCGCAGAGUCUGUUUGUCCAGGAGUGCAUUAAGACCUACAAAUCCGACUGGCACGUGGUCAACUACAAGUACGAGGACUAUUCUGGAGACUUUCGACAGCUCCCAAACAAAGUGCCGCGGCCCGAUAAACUGGCAGUUCACGUGUUCGAGGUAGACGAGGACGCGGACAAAGAUGAGGACACGGCCUCGCUGGGCUCCCAGAAAGGUGGGAUCACCAAGCACGGCUGGUUGUACAAGGCCAACAUGAACAGUGCCAUGAGCGUCACCAUGAGGUCAUUCAAGAGGAGGUACUUCCACCUGACUCAACUCGGGGACGGCUCCUACAAUCUGAACUUCUACAAAGACGAGAAGAUCUCCAGAGAACCCAAAGGAACCAUUUUCCUGGACUCCUGCAUGGGCGUGGUGCAGAACAACAAGGUCCGCAGGUUUGCCUUCGAGCUGAAGAUGCAGGACAAGAGUACGUACCUGCUGGCGGCGGACAGCGAGGCCGAGAUGGAGGACUGGAUCAACACGCUCAACAAGAUCCUGCACAGCAGCUUCGAGAUGGCGAUGCAGGAGAAGAGGAACGGGGACGUCCACGACGAUGAUGAUCUUGGAAAGUCAGACAGUUCCUCUGGCAGCAUGGACAGCUUUCAGAGCGCGAGAGAUAUCGAGUCCAGGAUGAGGAACGAGACCCGGCUGAAGCUGUUCGCCCUGGACCCCGACACACAGAAGCUGGAUUUCUCGGGAAUCGAACCGGACGUGAAGCAGUUCGAGGAGAAGUUCGGCAAGCGCGUGCUGGUGAACUGCAACGACCUGUCGUUCAACCUGCAAAGCUGCGUGGCUGAGAACGAGGAGGGGCCCACGACCAACGUCGAGCCCUUCUACGUCACCCUAUCGCUGUUCGACAUCCAGAAUGGGAGGAAGAUCUCCUCCGACUUCCUCGUGGACCUGAACCACCCGUCCGUCAGGGCCAUGGUGCCCAACAGCAGCAGUCAGUACUUAAACGGGGGAGCGGAUCGUCCCGAGGGGCCGCGGUCGCUCCACGGGGUGCCGGAGGCGGCCAUGCAGUAUCCCAGACAGGUGCCCGCCGUCACCGAGGACUCUGACCCCUGUGGUCUGUGGUUGCACAAAUUAAAACAGAGGUUUUCCUCGUCUCCGCAGGGGGUCUUCUCGGUAACGUGCCCUCACCCCGAUAUCUUCCUGGUGGCCCGAAUCGAGAAGGUGCUGCAGGGGGGGAUCAACCACUGCGCCGAGCCCUACAUGAAGAGCUCAGACUCCACCAAGGUGGCGCAACGGGUGCUGAAGAACGCUAAGAUGGCUUGUAGCCGCUUGGGCCAGUACAGGAUGCCUUUCGCCUGGGCAGCGAGGCCGUUGUUCAAAGAUGCGUCGGGGACGCUCGACAAAAGCUCUCGCUUCUCACCGUUGUACAGACAGGACGGCAACAAGCUGUCCAACGACGACAUGCUCAAGCUGCUGGUGGAUUUCAGAAAGCCGGAGAAGAUGGCCAAGCUGCCUGUGAUCCUAGGAAACCUUGAUGUUACCAUUGACAACGUAGCCCCCGACUUGUCGAAUUGCGUGACCUCGUCCUUCAUCCCCGUGAGGCAGUUCGACGUCGGCGAGAAGCCCGGCGUCUUCUUCGAGGUGGAGGAGUUCGUGCCGUGCAUCGCCAAAUGCUCUCAGCCUUUCACCAUCUACAACAAUCACCUCUACGUCUACCCCCGGCACCUGAAGUACGACAGCCAGAAGACCUUUGCAAAGGCUAGAAACAUAGCUGUCUGCGUCGAGUUCAAAGACUCCGACGAGGAGGAGGCUGUUCCACUGAAGUGCAUCUACGGCCGACCCGGAGGACCCCUGUUCACCAAAAAAGCCUUCGCCGCCGUGUUGCAUCACCAGCAGAACCCCGAGUUCUACGACGAGUUCAAGAUCGAGCUGCCCACGCAGCUCCACGAGAAGCACCACCUGCUCUUCACCUUCCACCACGUCAGCUGCGACAGCAACAGCAAGGCCAGCACCAAGCGGAGGGAGCCGGUGGAGACGCAAGUGGGCUACGCCUGGCUGCCCCUGCUGAGGGACGGGAGGGUGGUCAUGAGUGAGAGUCAGGUCCCCGUGGCCGCAAACCUGCCCGCCGGAUACCUGAGCUGUCAGGAGGGAACUGGCAAGCAUACAGCUCCUGAAAUCAAAUGGGUGGACGGAGGCAAGUCCAUAUUCAAGGUGUCCGCUCACCUCGUGUCCACUGUCUACACUCAGGAUCAACACUUGCACAAUUUCUUCCACCACUGUCAGAGCGCGGCAGCGGCCGCCCAGCCGUCGGGAGGCGACCUGGUCAAAUACCUGAAGAGUCUGCACGCCAUGGAGAGCCACGUGAUGAUCAAGUUCCUGCCCACCAUCCUGAAUCAGCUGUUUAGGGUGCUGACCGGCGCCACGCAGGAGGACGUGGCCGUGAACGUCACCAGAGUCAUGAUUCACGUCGUUGCCCAGUGCCAUGAAGAGGGCUUGGAGCACUACCUGAGGUCCUACGUGAAGUUUGUGUUCAGAACCGAGCCGCACACGUCCUCCACGACCCGGACGGUGCACGAGGAGCUGGCCAAAGCCAUGACCGCCAUCCUGAAGCCUUCCACCGACUUCCUGACGAGCAACAAGCUGCUCAAGUACUCCUGGUAUUUCUUUGAAGCCUUACUCAAGUCCAUGGCUCAGUACUUGAUCGAGAGCUGUAAAGUAAAGCAAUCCAGGAACCAGCGCUUCUCCGCCUCCUUCCAUCACACAGUGGAGACGCUGGUCAACAUGAUGAUGCCGCAUAUCACCCAGAAAUAUAAGGACAAUCUGGAUGCUGCCAGGAACGCCAACCACAGUCUGGCGGUCUUCAUCAAGCGUUGUUUCAACCUCAUGGACAGAGGCUUCGUGUUCAAGCAGAUCAACAACUAUAUCAACAGUUUCAUGCCCGGAGACCCAAAGACGCUCUUUGAGUUCAAGUUUGAGUUCCUGCGCGUCGUGUGCAACCACGAGCACUAUGUCCCCUUGAACCUGCCGAUGCCGUUCGGAAAGGGGCGGAUACUGAGGUUCCAAGACUACCAGCUGGACUACUCACUAACCGAUGACUUCUGCAAGAACCACUUCCUGGUGGGGACGCUGCUCAGGGAGGUCAGCGCGGCGCUGCAGGAGUUCAGGGACGUUCGACAGAUAUCCAUCCAGGUGCUGAAGAAUCUGAUGAUAAAGCACACGUUCGACGAGCGCUACAGUUCGAAAAGCCAGCAGGCCAGGAUGGCCACCUUGUACUUCCCCCUGUUUGCUUUGCUCCAAGAGAACGUCAACAGACUCAAUGUGAAGGAGGUGUCCCCAUUCAUCCAUCACUCCAACAAUAAUGGAAGAGAAGAUUCCCUCCUGACCAACACUUUGACGCCGCCCAGGUCCAGCACCUUCCUGGACACCAGCCUGCACAAAGAUGUAUUCGGAGUCAUCUCCGGCACCGCGUCCCCGCACACGUCCUCCACCCCCAACAUCAACUCCGUGCGCCUGGCCGACUCCCGCGGCUCCCUCAUCAGCACCGACUCUGGCAGCAGCCUGGUGGAGAAGAACCACGACAAGGCCAACUCUCUGGACAAGAACCCGCCCGCGUCGCCCCUCGGCGGCAGCCUGCUGCGCUGCGACAAGCUGGAGCAGGCGGAGAUCAAGAGCCUCCUCAUGUGCUUCCUGCACGUGCUGAAGAGCAUGUCUGAGGAUGCUCUGUUCACGUACUGGAACAAGGCUUCGUCCACUGAACUGAUGGAUUUCUUCACUCUAGUCGAAAUUUGCCUCUAUCAGUUCAGAUACAUGGGAAAGAGAUACAUCUCAAGGAACCAGGACGGGGCAGGACCUGUAGCACACGAGCGGAAGUCUCAGACUCUGCCUGUGUCCCGUAACAGGGCGGGAAUGAUGCAUGCCCGCUUACAGCAGCUCAGCAGCCUGGAUAACUCAUACACAUUUAACCACACCUACAGCCACUCGGACGCUGACGUGUUAAAUCAGUCUCUGCUGGAGGCCAACAUCGCCACCGAGGUGUCCCUGACUGUCCUGGACACACUCAGCAUCUUCAUCAUGAGUUUUAAGACACAGCUGUGCUCUGACCACGGCCACAGUCCGCUCAUGAAGAAGGUUUUCGAGGUUCACCUGUGUUUCCUCCAGAUCAAUCAGUCAGAAACAGCCCUGAAGCAGAUCUUCACCUCACUGCGCACCUUUAUCUACAAGUUCCCGUGCACGUUCUUCGAAGGCCGCGCCGACAUGUGUGCCGCGUUCUGCUACGAGAUCCUGAAGUGCUGUAACUCCAAGCUGAGCUCCAUACGUGGCGACGCAGCCCACCUCCUCUACUUCCUCAUGAAGAGCAACUUUGACUACACGGGUCGCAAAUCCUUCGUCCGGACGCACUUACAGGUGGUGAUUGCUGUCAGUCAGCUGAUCGCCGAUGUCAUUGGUAUUGGAAGCACACGCUUCCAGCAGUCUCUGUCAAUAAUCAACAACUGUGCCAACAGUGACAAGACUAUUAAAAACACAGCUUUCCCGUCGGACGUGAAGGACCUGACCAAGCGCAUCAGAACAGUUCUGAUGGCCACGGCUCAGAUGAAGGAGCACGAGCGGGAUCCGGAGAUGCUGGUGGACCUGCAGUACAGCCUGGCCAAGUCCUACGCCAGCACGCCCGAGCUGCGCAAGACCUGGCUGGACAGCAUGGCCCGGAUCCACGUGAAGAACGGAGACAUGUCGGAGGCGGCCGUGUGCUACGUUCACGUCGCGGCGCUCGUGGCGGAGUACCUGAGGAGAAAAGGCAUGUUCAAGCAGGGCUGCUCCGCCUUCCGCGUCAUCACGCCCAACAUCGACGAGGAGGCGGCGAUGAUGGAGGACGUCGGCAUGCAGGACGUCCACUUCAACGAGGAUGUCCUGAUGGAGCUGCUGGAGGAGUGUGCAGACGGGCUGUGGAAAGCCGAGCGCUACGAGCUCAUCUCUGACAUCUACAAGCUCAUAAUCCCCAUUUACGAGAAGCGGAGGGACUUUGAGAAACUGGCCCGUCUGUAUGACACGCUGCAUCGCGCCUACAGCAAAGUGACCGAGGUCAUGCACACAGGCAAGAGGCUGCUGGGCACCUUCUUCAGAGUGGCCUUCUUUGGCCAGGGCUUCUUUGAGGAUGAGGACGGUAAGGAGUAUAUCUACAAAGAGCCCAAAUUCACACCUCUGUCAGAGAUUUCCCAGCGGCUCCUCAAGCUGUACUCUGACAAGUUUGGACAAGAAAACGUGAAGAUGAUUCAGGACUCUGGCAAGAUCAACCCCAAAGACCUGGACUCCAAGUACGCGUACAUCCAAGUGACCCACGUGACCCCGUACCUGGACGAGAAGGAGCUGGUGGACAGGAAGACGGACUUCGAGAAGAGCCACAACAUCCGGCGAUUCGUCUUUGAGAUGCCGUUCACCAUAUCGGGCAAGAAGCAGGGCGGCGUGGAGGAGCAGUGCAAGCGCAGGACCAUCCUCACCACCACGCACUGCUUCCCCUACGUGAAGAAGCGCAUCGCCGUCAUGUACCAGCACCACGUGGACCUGAGCCCCAUCGAGGUGGCCAUCGACGAGAUGAGCAGGAAGGUGGCCGAGCUCCAGCAGCUGUGCUCGUCCAGCGAGGUGGACAUGAUCCGCCUGCAGCUCAAGCUGCAGGGCAGCAUCUCUGUCCAGGUGAACGCGGGGCCGCUGGCGUACGCCCGAGCUUUCCUGGACGACUCGUGUGCCAAGAAGUACCCUGACAACAAGGUCAAGCAGCUGAAGGAGGUCUUCAGGCAUUUCGUGGAGGCGUGCGGCCACGGCCUGGGCAUCAACGAGCGGCUGAUCAAGGAGGACCAGCAGGAGUACCACGAUGAGAUGAAGGCCAACUACAGGGACCUGGCCCGAGAGCUGUCCGUCAUCAUGCGCGAGCAGAUCAGUCCCGUGGAAGAUGGCAUGAAGAGCGUCCUUCCGGACUCUCUCCACAUCUUCAACGCCAUCAGCGGCACGCCGACCAGCGCCACCAUCCAGGGAAUACCCAGCACCUCGUCCGUGGUGUGACCCCGGUGCCGAGUGCUCCGCGUUGGGCCACGGUGAACGCGGAGAAGCACAGACAAACCGGUUUGUGGCCGUUUCAGUGGACCACGCUGAGGCCCUGGACCUUUUUAACCGUGUUUGAUGCGGCCAACGUCAUUUUCCUGCGAGACCUGAGCAAACUUUGCAGGAGGGGCGCUUCUGCAUCAGCUGUUUCUACCCGCAAAGGCAGCGGACAGAGUGAUUUUCAUGGACGUUCCUGUUGGGAUCUCUAUUAUGCAUGUCAUUACGUCACGCCCACACCUUCUCAAUGCACCAUUCAUGUUUCUUUGGAUCAUGUCUCACAUCGUGUUUUUAUGUACAGGAUUCCACUUUUAUAAGCCACUGUAUUGAUGUCAUGAGGAACGCUAUAUGCUGCAUACACGGAUGCUCCUCUUCCUGUAGAUGAAGUUAUAUUUCUAUACAAACAAAAAGCUCGUUUGCAAAAGGGCCUCGUUCAAUAGCAUUUAACCUUAAGUCACUUCAUUGUCUUACAGUGGGAGAGUUUUUGAAUAUUUAAAAGCAUUGCAAAAGUUCAUUACUGUAUAUAAAGAAGGAGUGUGUGCAAUAAAAGGAUGUUGCUGUGUGGGGCUUUAACACUGUAAAGAAGAUGUUUACCUUCUUGCCAAAGCGACGAGGUGUGGGACCAGAAACACUACACCUACUGUGGAAGUAAUAUGACGCUUUUACCAAGUUAGUGUUCCGUGAAAUGUUUUAUAUUUGAGCAACUUUUUAAAGAUUUUAUUUAACACAAAGUCACUGUUCUGCUGUAAACAGAGAUGUUCCCUAAUGCUUUUCUUUUAAAUAAAAUCCACUCAUUUCUCUGCA